AUGAAUUUGGCCUUUCCCAUGGCUGAUACUAAGAAAAAGAAAUUGUUAGUUUGGAAUUGCCUAAUAGGUUAUGCAAUUCUGCUUUCCGCUGCUUUGUUUAUAGGAAGCGCCUUCAUUAUCACUGAAUGUAAAGAGAAAGUAAUAGGGCAAUUGGUUGAAGCCUUGAGAAUGAAGAAACCUAGGACGAUGUGUGAGGAUGAGUGCAGGCCUGAAGGAAGCGAGACAUUACCCAGAGGUAUUGUGGCUAAGACCUCUGAUUUAGAAAUGCAUCCACUCUGGGGUUCUCCCAAUAAAAAGCUAUACAUUUGCUUUAAAUCAAAAUCACCGACGAGCUUACUAGCUAUGGCAGUUGGAAUUAAGCAGAAAAAGAAUGUAAAUGAAAUUGUAAACAAAUUUCCACGUACGGAUUUUGUUAUUAUGCUUUUUCAUUAUGAUGGCCUCGUGGAUCAAUGGGAAGAUCUAGAAUGGAGUAGCACUGCUAUUCACAUUUCUGCUAUUAAUCAAACUAAAUGGUGGUUUGCCAAGACGUUCUUACACCCAGAUAUUGUUGCAGAUUACAUAAUCCUAUGGGAUGAAGAUCUUGGAGUUGAAAAUUUCAAUGCUGGACGAUAUUUAUCAAUAAUAAAAGAAGGAGGUCUUCAGAUAUCACAGCCAGCAAUCGAUGCAUAUAGUUCAGAAAUUCGCCACAAACUUACAACACGACAAGAGGGAUCAAGAGUGCACAGGAGGACAAUAAACAUAAAGGGUCCUGGAAGGAGGUGCUACGGAAACAAUACUGAACCACCAUGCACUGGGUGGGUGGAAAUGAUGGCUCCUGUUUUUUCAAGAGCAUCAUGGCUCUGUGCCUGGUACAUAAUUCAGGGGAACCGAACCACUAAUGUUGGGGUUAUUGACUCCAAAUAUUUGGUUCACUAUGGUCUUCCAACACUAGGUGGUGCAGAAAAUGAGAAGAGCAGUUCAGCACAAGGAACAACUCCUAAACAGGAAAGCUCACCAAACAAAAUGGGGCUGCCAGAAUCUCAUCCAUCUGAUGCAAGAAUUGCUGUGCGGAAACAAUCUCUUGUUGAAUUGGAAAGAUUCAAGAAUAGAUGGAAAAAGGCUGCCAGAGAAGACCAAUGUUGGAUUGAUCCCUUUCAGCAGCCUGUGAAACAAAAAAGGUGACUGAAGGGGCUGCAUCUUCACACAUAAAAUUGAGACACACAAAUCACGGUUUUUCUUCUGUCUUCAAGCUGAAUUUGGAAAGCUGAGAUAAUUCUUAUGGACUUCAAGUGCUCAUGAUAACAGAGGGACAUUGUCAAUUUCCAUAAGCUCCAAAUAUGUAUAAAAACAAAUAGAAUAGUUCAGACAGCCAGAGUAACUUAUGAUGUUCACCCUGUAGUUCAUUCUCUGUCUGAAACAAUUGAUGAAAAUACAAAGCUGUCAAGCAGCUUAAAAAUGAAAUUUAACCAUUUUGGUGUUAUCUCAUGCAG